AUGGCCGAUGAUAGAGCUGGACCAGCUAUGACCACCGUUGAAAAUAUUGAUAAAGCUGAAUCAGCCAUUACAUCUGAAAAUAUUGAUAAAGCUGAAUCAGCCAUUACAUCUGAAAAUAUUGAUAAGGUUGAACCGGCUAUCACCACCAUUGAAAAUAUUGAAAAUGAGUCUCAGCACCUUGAGGUAGAACAACAAUUACAAAAAAAAGAUGACAAAGUUCUUUCUUACCCUCAUCAUGAGAUUGAAAAACACCCUCACGACCAUUCUCACGACCACCCUCACGACCAUUCUCACGACCACCCUCACGACCACCCUCACGACCACUCUCACGACCACCCUCACGACCACUCUCACGACCACUCUCACGACCAUUCUCAUGACCACGGCCACGAUCAUGGCCACGACCAUGACUAUGAACAUCAGACAAAUUUACCCUUUACGACUCAUGCUUCAGAUCAACAGCCUGAUCAACAGCCUGUCAAGCCUCAAGAUUAUGAUUUACUUGAAGCUCGAGAUAAAAGAAAAGAGACCAAUGAUCCAGAAGUUGAGGAGUAUUUCAAAGCAAAAGAAUUGUUUUUAAAAGGGAGUAAAAUUGCGGAAGAAAUUCCAACUGAUUCUGAGGAAAAAACACUGAAAGAAUAUGAACAAAAAAUAUUGGAAUCUACCAAAUAUCUUGUAGAAGCAUUUUUAAUAGAUGAAAAGGCUACUGACAUGUCAUCUAGAAUCAUGAAUUUGGCACAACAAUAUGAAAAAUUAUCAAAACUUCAGUGGGGAGAUGAAAACGAGAAAAAAGAAAACGAUGAGACGUCGACAACACAUGAACCAGAAUUCACAAAAGAGUCACUUAUACUAGUUAUUUGGCUCCUUUACAAUGGAAGACAAUUUUCGUUUUGUAUUCAAACUCUUAAUAUAGCACUGAAUCAACUUGAGUCACAACUUCACCCAAGACUUUAUCAUCUACGUGCAAUAUGUCAUUUUAAUCUUAAUGAUCACAAAUCUUGUAUUAAAGAUCUCGAACGAUUGGUUUCAAUUAAACCUGAUUUUGUGGAUGCAUACAGUAUUCAAGGUUCCAUACAUAUGUCUCAAGGUGAUAGAAUGGAAGCAGCACGUAAUUUCAAGCUUUAUAUUGAAAAGGCGAAUAAAGACUCGAUUUCUUAUUCGCAUGCUUUAUACGCGUUGGCUGCUCUCACUAUUCAGAACAACAAUUCUACAACAACAGCUAGUAGUCGUAAACAAGCGUCACAUAGUUUACGUAAUCAGCAAGCAUUAAAUUAUUAUCAAAAGGCCAAAAUAGCAGAAGAACGUUACGAGUAUUUGUAUGGACACCCUCCUGAUAUCUCAGAGGAAGAGGGUUCAAAAGUAGUUGAAAAGGAUUCUAAAAAAGAAGCAGAUAAAUUAGCACACAUCUUACAACGAUUACUUGUUUUAUCUUCAAAUGCUAAUCAACAACCUCCUAACAAAGAGAAAAAAUGCAAUUGUUGUGGAAGUCAAACACGUAAAGAUUUGAAUGCCGAAGAAAAGAAUACGGCAUUACUUGCUUGUUCAAGUUGUUUUAGUGUGAAUUAUUGUUCUAAAGAAUGUCAAAAAAAGGAUUGGAAAAAUGGACAUAGAAAAUUAUGCCCAACAUUAAAGGAUUCCAAAAAAGCUUGA